AUGGCGGAUAGCUGGAGGCCGACUAGCGCAAGGUCCAGCGGCUCUAGUACGUCGAAACCGCCUGAACAAGCGGAACUUAUAGCCGAGCCAGAUUCAGAUGAGGAGUACCAAAAUGAUGAUGACAGGGACAGAGAUUCAGCCUUAGGAUCAGAUAUAGAAAGCAGCGCCGGUUCUAUCGCGUCAAGCAUUUUAGAGUACCGGAUGAUCCAAGGGCGGACAUACCACAGCGAUAGACAUAACACCAACUACUUCACACCAAACGACGAGCAGCAACUCCAGUCUAUAGAUAUCACCCACCACUACCUCACCUUACUGCUUGAAGAUAGACUCUUCCUUGCACCAAUAUCCGACAAUGUCCAGAACGUGCUGGAUAUUGGAACUGGAUCAGGCAUUUGGUCUAUCGACUUUGCAGAUCAGUUUCCCCAUGCACAGGUAAUCGGAACAGAUCUCUCACCUAUGCAACCCCUUUGGGUACCGCCCAACGUCCGGUUCGAGCUGGAAGACUGCACGCAGCCCUGGUCGUGGCCCGAGAGCUACUUCGACUUCGUGCACCUGCGGUACCUAUUCGGCGCGAUCCCGGACUGGGACGAGCUUCUGCGGCAGGCGUACCGCGUGACCCGGCCGGGCGGCUGGGUCCAGAGCUGCGAGACCGAAUGCAUCAUCAAGUGCGACGACGGGAGCGUCCCGCCCGACAGCGCCAUGGUGACCUUCUGGAAUAAGAUAUACAGCGAGAUAGGCGCGAAACUGGGUACCUCGUUCGAACCAAUUACUUAUGACCUCCAGGAGAAUGCGUUUAGGGCCGCCGGGUUUAAGAAUAUUGAGGUGUAUGAUUAUAAGCUCCCGAUCACCGGAUGGCCAACCGAUAAAAGGAUGUCGGAAGUCGGCCAGUAUGUGCAAUUAACAUUACUCAACGACCUUGAAGGCUACACGCUCAUGCCUUGGCAUAUGGUUAUGAACGAGGACGCGCCGGGUUACAAGGAGAACUUGUCACGAAUGCGGAGGGAACUGCAUAAUAAGAGAAUCCACGCCUAUAUGAGGACUCGCUACGUAUAUGGCCAGAAGCCGGAAGUAUAA